CUUGCAAGUGCAACUGGUAUGGGUAAUGGUGUGAGAGAAAGUGCAGUGGAUUUCAAAGGGCAGGAUGUGGAGCCAGUUCCAUCAACACAUCUCCCAGCAGAGGGCAUCCAGGAGAAGAAGAAGGUCCUCAACUCCCUGAUGUCUGGGGCCCUGGCUGGUGCUGUGGCUAAAACUGCUGUAGCUCCACUGGACAGGACAAAGAUCAUGUUUCAAGUGUCUUCAAAACGAUUUUCUGCCAAGGAAGCCUACAGGCUGAUUUACCACACCUACCUCAACGAGGGCUUCUGGAGCCUCUGGAGAGGGAACUCAGCCACCAUGGUCCGGGUGAUCCCCUACGCUGCCAUCCAGUUCUGUGCCCACGAGGAGUACAAGCAGCUCCUGGGCAGCUACUACGGCUUCCAGGGAAAAGCGCUGACUCCCUUCCCUCGAUUCAUUGCUGGCUCUCUGGCUGGCACCACGGCUGCCAUCCUAACCUACCCCCUGGACAUGGUCCGUGCCCGCAUGGCUGUCACGCCGAAGGAGAUGUACAGCAACAUUGUCCACGUCUUCAUCCGAAUAUCCCGAGAGGAGGGGCUGAAGACCCUCUACAGGGGCUUCACACCAACCAUCCUGGGAGUGAUUCCCUAUGCUGGGCUCAGCUUCUUCACCUAUGAGACACUGAAGAAGCUGCAUGCAGAUCACAGCGGCAAGGCUCAGCCCUCCCCCGCCGAGCGGCUGCUGUUCGGAGCCUGCGCCGGCCUCAUCGGGCAGUCUGCCUCCUACCCCCUGGACGUGGUCCGGCGCCGCAUGCAGACCGCGGGGGUGCUGGGACACACCUACAGCUCCAUCCUCCUCACCAUGCAGGAGAUCGUCCGGGAGGAGGGACUCGUCCGGGGCCUCUACAAAGGGCUCAGCAUGAACUGGGUCAAGGGCCCCAUCGCGGUGGGAAUCAGCUUCACAACCUUCGACUUGACUCAGAUCCUGCUCCGCAAGCUGCAGCACAGCCCCGGCCUGCAGAGGUAGCAGCUGCAGCCCCUGCCAGCCUGGCACCUGUAGAAAGAGCAAUGCUAACCUCCCCUCACCUCACACCUGCUCUCCUGCAGCUGACAUCUCACCUUUCUUGGUUGGGUUUGGGUUUGUUCUUCUUGGUUUUUGGGUUUCUUUUUCCUCUCGUUGUUGGAUUUUUGGGCUUGGUUUUGUUGGGUUUUGUUUGUUUGUUUAAUGAGCCUCUGAAUUAUUUGGAAACCUCAACCUGAAGCUAACUUCUUUCCUGAGCCAAGUAUCUUCUUCCAGUCCUGCAAAAACUGAGUCCUCUAAAGCAGCUGCCUCAGCCUCCUGGUUUGUUCUGUGAUCCCCAGGAGUGGAGCCUCUUACACAAACCUCUGCUGCUGCUGGCUCCUUACCUGCUCUCUGUGGAUGAUGAAGGAGAGGACUC